AUUUGAACCAUUUGAAUGAGAUUUUGAGGGUUGAAGGUCGCACAAGUUCGAAAUGUCCUUCGGGAGAUUAUGUAGCUCUUCAGUCGUCAAGCUCUUCCUGAGAAUUAAUAGUCCGACAGACUCAAUCCUUAGGCCGUUAGGAACAAAUGCUUCAAAGGAACAAGCCAUAUAUCAAUCACAAGUGCGGUCAGUUCCAAAUACAAAAAGAGAAUAUCUAGAAAACUUGUUACUUCAGCAACCACUUUCUUCUUCUGAUGCUCGCGUUCUAAAGGUUGCCGUGAUAGGCUGUCCAAAUAGUGGAAAGUCAAGUUUGGUAAAUAUGCUUACCAAGUGGAAAGUUUGCGCGGUGUCUGGAAAAGCCCACACAACUCGGUCGAAACAGACAGCUACGUAUUUUCAAGAUAAUGUCCAAUUGGCUUUUGUCGACUUACCCGGACUUGUUAGCAGAUCAAAAGCCUCCAGAUUUAAGCUUGAGAAAACGUUCAUUCGGGAUCCACAUUCUGCUAUUUUUGAUUCUGAUUUAAUUCUUGUGGUUAUUGAUGUCAGCCAUAAGGAGUCACGCGAAGUACUUCAUGAAGAAAUCGUAAAAGCACUACAUUUCUUUAACGAUAAAGAAUCAGUAUUAGUACUAAACAAGAUUGAUAGAUUGUCUAAAAAUCCAACUAGACUAUUGGACAUAACUCGGAAACUUACUGGUGGCAUCGUACGUGGUCGACGUUCACAUAUUGAUAGAUAUGCAUAUCGGUUUAAACGUCAAGCAAAGUUAGCUGACACAGCUCAUCAUCUCAUUCCUCCGAAUGAAUUGAUUGCAGCUAGAUUACCUGCUGUAUGCCACCAAACAACGAAUAAAUUUCUUGUGUAUAUGAAUAAUCUUCUGGCUGAAAUUGAAUCGACACAGGUUGAUGUGGAUAUAACAGAUUCUAAGUUGCUACCAGAUAAUAUAGUGGAGAAAAAAUCACUAUCUGAUACCUUCCUAGAAGAUCGUUUUUUAACUGAAAUGGAAAAAAAACACAGGGAAACAUUUUUUGAUUGCCAUAACAUACCGGGAAAUGAUAAAUUAAUGCCUUCAGAUAGUCAAGGUCCUGAUAAAUCAAAGACUGAAAUCAACCAACAUCUUUUGAACACAUGUGGUGAAUCGAAUCGAAUUCUGAAUGCAAACAGUGAUUCAGAACAUAUAGAUUCUAUGUUGGAGACGUUAAAACAACAAUUAUUACUUCAAACAGCAUCACCUGAGGAAGUUUGCAAUCGUCGAAGUCGUUGGUUAGAGAUAACAAAAUCAACUAAAGGGGUUACAAAGUGGUUAGGUUUCAGCGAGGUUUUCAUGGUCUCUUCGUUUAUAGGCGAUGGGAUAGACAAAUUGAGGGACUUCCUUGUAUCCAAAGCUUUACCGACUCGCUCUUGGAUCCUACCUCCAACAAUUAUAACUGAUCAAGAACCAAGUGAACUCAUACGAAUGUGUGUAUGGUCACACUGUCUCAACAAAUUACAACAAGAAAUUCCAUACUCGUUGCAUAUUAUUGUAGAUGAUUGUGACAAAAUUAAACUGGACAGUGGUGAUGAUCGAGUAUACGUUCACGUCCGCAUACGAUGUAAAAAUGAACGUCAGUUAGUAAGUUUCUGCCAAUAGUUUAUUACUGGUUGUGUCUUAAAUUAUUGUCUAGUAUUAUAAAUCUGUUAUAAAUUUAAAUAUAUAUGUGACCACAGUCUGCGCUUUUCUGAUCGAAUAUUCAUAAACAAUUAAUAGACCCUAACUUUACAGACCGAUAUUGUUUUAUGUAUGUUAACUGGUUUGGUCUUAAGUGUACUCAGUGCAUGCACUUCACAUUAUGUAUGUAUUACAUUGGGGAUAUAUUUAAGGUCACUGGGAUGACAUUUAGCUGACAAAAUGUCCUCCAUCUAGUAGAAAUCAAUCUAAACUGUUAUACAACAAAACUAAAUAAACCACACAAUAAAACGUCACUGAAAAAGAUGAUGGAGUAUACAGAUAUCUAUUUUACUAAGGCGUUUAUUUCGAUUAUCACACAGAAAUCAACGAAAUAUUUUGUUAAUAACAGUUCGGGACCUGGUAGUAAAGUAGAAAAAAUAAAGAUUCUUUUAUUAUGGAUUUUGUCUUUAAUUUCCUCAACCAAUAUUUAAAUAAUAAUUUUUACUCACUAAUAAGUAAGAUAUUCAUGUCCACAAAUGGAGCAGUUCCAGGAAUCUAUUUUUCGAAGUGUGGGUUGGUAGUUAACACUUAAGUCACUCAGUCAGUCAGCAACGACGUAGGACCAGGCACAUAUACGC